AUGGAAAGACUGGCGUCUGCCUUGACCGCAGUUGCAAUGCCUGACGCAUCCACCAUCGACGAGUUCACGGAGGUAAUUUCUGGAGCCGACGGUAACACUAUCACCCUGUUCGUGGCAAAGCCGAAGGUGUCCGAGGACACCUCCUUCACUGAGUCCGACUAUUCAGACGAGGGCGUUCUCGGCCAGGACGCGGCAAGUGUACUAAUGAAGAUCCUGUACUUGGCACAGCCGCUCAACCUCGUCGGCUGGCCCAUCGGCUACGACAAGGAGUACGACCCGAACGCCAGGGUGCACGGCUUCUCUGUCCCGUGCUCGCCUUUCUCGUUGGCAGCCCCGAGCUACGAAAGGGCGACAGACAGGGAGGAGGCGCAGGAUGGAUGCGACAACGUCACGCACGCAGCUGCCAACGUCACUGAAGAGGGGGAGCGGUUGCUGCCGCUGGUCUGGGUGCACUUCCCCAAGACAGGGUCCUCGUUUGCAUCGCUGCUUGCACAUUUCGGCUGCCCCGACAUCCCCACCAGCGACAGAGUGACGAACCCGGUGAAGUUCCAUCGCCACUACCCCAAAGAGGAGUGGCGCAACGGCAGCUUCGAGAGGUUCCACGCUGGCCACAGCCCCAUCCUCGUUCGCGAGCUGGGCGGCGCCACCCCGCCCGAGCGCGUCGUCAGCAUGUUCCGGUCGCCCGCAUCGCGAGUCUUGUCGGGAUACUUCCACAGCUUCCACGACUGCUUCCCCAUGCAGCGGAAGUACAACUGCACGGGCUACGACAGCGACUGCCCGGCGGAGCUGUGGCGCGAGCCCCUUCCGGCGCAGGCGCAGCGGCUCAACGAGUACGCCGCGUGCGUGGACGAGUGCACCGCGCGCCUGCUGACCGGGAGCAUGUGCGGGGCGACGAAGGCGACGCCGCCCGACCUGCGGGGCGUCAGCGUGGGCAUCGUGCAGAGGCUCGGCUUCGUCGGGCUCGUGGAGGAGUGGCCCUUGUCCGUCUGCCUCUUUUACCUGCGCUUCGGGGGCGCCUGCCUGCCCCACCGCGACACGCGGGCCGGCCUGGCGGAGCUGCUCACCGCCGACCUCGGCCUCGAGGAGGCCGUCUACCGGGCUGCCUCGGACCGCUUCUGGCGGGACGUGCGCGGCCACGGCGCCACCGCGGCUCGGUGCCGCCGGGACGCUGAGUCCCGCGACCAGCCCUUCGAGCCACCGCGAGCCAUGCCAAUGGCAUUCGGACGUUUGGCGCUGGGCCUGUCGGGCUUGUUUUCGGCAGUGACGGCCCAGCCGGGCGGCAGCGACUGGUUCCCUUGCCCGGAGUUGUACUCUGGGACCUUGCAGGCCGAAGAAGUGCCCACGGACGAGGAGUACGUCGCAGCGCUGCAGGCGCUGGACGUGGAGGAGCUGACGGGCGACAUGACGAAGCUGCUGACCACCUCGCAGCCCUGCUGGCCAGCAGACUUUGACAACUACGUCGGGCUCUUCUCGCGCCUGUCAUGGCACGCCGGCGGCACCUUCCGCAGCACCGACGGCAGGGGCGGGACGGGCGGCGGCCGCCAGCGCUUCGACCCAGAAGCGAGCUGGGAGGACAACACGAACCUGGACAAGGCGCGGGCGCUGCUGGGGCCGCUGAAGCAGAAGCACGGGGCCGGGCUGAGCUGGGGCGACCUGAUCGCGCUGGCGGGGACCCACGCCAUGUGGCACCAGGGCGCACCGCUGACGGAGUUCUGCUUCGGACGCCUGGACGAGCCCGACGGCAACCGGAGCCUGCCUCUGGGCCCGGGCCCGCUGCAGGAGGAGGUGGCGCCGUGCGCGGGCCCCGCGCAGGGCGCGUGCCAGGAGAGGCCGAACGAGACGGCGCUGGCGGCGGUGCAGGUGGGCCUGAUCUACGUGAACCCGGAGGGCCCGAUGGGGGUGCCCGACCCGGCGGGGAGCGCCCGGGACAUCAGGGCCGUCUUCGAGAAGAUGGGGGCCGACGCCCGAGCCACCGUGGCGCUGAUCGGCGGCGGCCACGCCUUCGGCAAGGCGCACGGGGCCUGCUCGGACAGGGAGCACGGGCACCCGGCGGGGCUGCCCCCGAACCAGGCCCGCGAGGCGAAGGUGCACCCGUACGUGGGCACGUGCCCCGCCGUGGGCCACGGGGCGACGGGCACGGGGCGGUCCGCGUGGACCAGCGGCCUCGAGGGCCCCUGGACCAGCACGCCCACGCAGUGGAGCAACGAGUUCUUCGUGUACCUGGUCGACAGGGAGUGGGAGCUGUGGACCGGCCCCGGCGGGCACUACCAGUGGCGCCUGCGGGACCAGCCGGAGGACCCCCGCAUGCGCCUCACGUCCGACAUGGCGCUGCUGGCCGACCCGGAGUUCCGGCGCUGGGCGGAGGUGUUCGCGCGGAACGCGACCGCCCUCGACGAGGCCUUCGACGAGGCGUGGCGCAACCUGAUGACGGCCGGGGGCGGUUGGUCGUCCCGCAAGCGGUGCGUCCAGCUGGGCCCCCCGCCCGAGGACCCCGCCGGCCCCUCGCGCAUGCUGGACACGGACAUGGGGGCCGCCGCCGGUGAGGAGGCGACCACCUCCUCGGGAUCUCAGGGCCUCGGCGUGGCCAGCCUGGCCGCCAUCGCGUCCCUCGCCGCCCAGUGGCGAAGGGGUACCCGCGGCCCCGAGGCGUGGCUCAUCGUGCGGAACCAGAUGCAGGACGCCCCAAAGUACGUCGUGAUCUAUUCCAUCCUCUGUGUCCUGAAUUUCUUCUUCGACGCCGUGCCACUCAUCAUCAGUCUCCACGGCAGAUCCGCCGUCACCGUGGAGCCCGGGUACCAGACCUCGUACGAUGGCGUGGAGCAGAGUACGUACACCAGAACG